CUGAAUCUUUCCUUUGGGAUAGUUCCCUCUUCUCUGAUCGUUCAGCUCUAGUUUAUCAUGUCAGACGUUGGCUCUGAAGAGUUUGACAACGAGCAGGGCUCUCUAGGGGAGUUUGAGGGAGACAGAAAUGAAGCUGGAGAGAGACAUGGACAGGGCAAAGCUGUCCUGCCGAAUGGAGACACUUACCAAGGAGCUUAUGAAAACGGCAAGAGAUGUGGCCAGGGGACAUAUACGUUCAAGAAUGGGGCCAGAUACAUUGGAGAAUGGUACAUGAAUUUAAAACAUGAACAGGGUACAUUUUAUUACCCAGAUGGCUCCAAAUAUGAAGGAAGUUGGGUUGAUGACCAGCGGCAGGGUCAUGGUGUGUACACAUACCCCAAUGGAGACACAUUUGAUGGAGAAUGGCUGCACCAUCAGAGACAUGGGCAGGGUACAUACAGACAUCACAACACAGGUUCUCAGUACAUGGGCACAUGGAUCAUGGGUAAAAUGGAGUCAUCUGGGGAGCUGAUCCAUCAGAACCACAGAUAUCGGGGCAACUUCGUCAAUAAUAAUCCGUCUGGUCCAGGGAAGUAUGUGUUUGACAUUGGGUGUGAGCAGCAUGGAGAGUAUGUCCAGAUAGAUCAGGACAAAGGAGAUGCAGAAGAUGAUGAGCCUUUCAUAACCACCACCUUGAAGUGGAAACCCAAGACAGUCACUGGGCUUUCAGUUUGGACCAAUGAGAAGCAUUCUGCCACCUCGGAUCAAGCCGUGGUGGAAGACUGAGAAAGACAAACCAAAAGAUGAUACAGAAGAGAGAGGACCGCCGGUUAAUUAUAUCUGCAUAUAUCUGA